GAAACGGAUUCAUUCCCAGCCGGCUCUCCAUCUAGCCGGAGCGAGGCUCGGCAGUGAACGCUGCGACGCGCCCGCGCUCGGCGGCCGGAGGCACCCUGCGCUCGGCUGCGGCCACGCGAGGCGCUUUUUCCCGGGAGCGAGCCGGGAAAAGCCCGGCUUAACCACGAGUGGCACGGCCAUUGCAAGGACCUCCAAGGCGACAGAAGGACGGCGAAAGAGGGCUGAAGCUGACCUGAGCUUUCCCACGGAGGGGAGACGGCGCCAGGGCGAGGUGGGGAACAAGGGAGUGUGGCGACGCUCACGGCCAGCGGUGGAUUAUCCCGGUCAGUCUGCGUCUGCGGCCUGCAAAAUGCGCGAGGAGGACAAGGGCAUGCUCGGUGGUGGUGGCGACGACGCGGGUCUGGCCAACGCCUCGGCGCAGGGGCAAGUGGAGACCGUGCGGCAGCUCCUGGAAACCGGUGCGGAUCCCAACGGAGUCAACCGCUUCGGGAGGCGGCCGAUCCAGGUCAUGAUGAUGGGCAGCACCCGGGUGGCCGAGCUGCUGCUGUGCCACGGCGCGGAGCCCAACUGCGCCGACCCUACCACCCUCACCCGACCUGUGCACGACGCGGCGCGGGAGGGUUUCCUGGACACGCUCGUGGUGCUGCACCGAGCCGGCGCGCGGCUGGACGUGCGCGAUGCCUGGGGCCGCCUGCCCGUGGACCUGGCUGAGGAGCGGGGCCACCGCGCUGUCGCCGGGUACCUGCGCGCAGCUGCAGGAGACUGAUGGCAGGUACCCCCAGCCGCCCACAACGACAUUUCUUUUCUCCUCUGUUCCCCACCCCCAACUUAGUUCAAGGGAGGCUACAAAUGUGGAG